CCACCGGGAGGCGCUGACCCGCCCAGCGGCCGGAGCUCUCCCCUCCCCCUCAGGUGUGACAGCCGGCCCGUCACCCCGCCUCUCUCUCAGACCCCUAAACAUUUCCACCUCCCAGAUCAAGGAAGCAACAUCUACCGAAAGCCCCCAAUCUACAAAAAACACGACCCCGAGCCCAAGAUGGGUAGAUCAGUUACCAUGGUUACCGACCUAGACACACCUGCACUAGCGCCCCCCAGCAAGUGCGCUGAUGACAUCAUCAGGUCCGCUACCUUCCCCGCCGCCCACGCCCCUUGUCGGGACGACAGCCCGCAGGGCGGGGGGGGCGACCUGAGGCCCUACUCUCUGGCUGCGUUAGGGUCAGGAGGAGAGGGAAGGAGGAGGUCAAGAGAGGAGGAUGAGGAGGAGGUCUUGAAAAGAAAACUCCUACAAGAAGAGCACCUCACCAAGAUCCAGUCGGGUCUGGGGAAACUGAUCCUGAAGGAGGAGAAGGAGAAGGAGCAGAGCCGGGAGCGCCACUCACGCAGCGUCUCCGCCCAGCGCUAUGACCCCAAGCCGUCCAACUGUGAAGCCGAGCCAACCUCUCCCUCAAAAACGAACUCUCUCCCUGGGUACGGAAGGAACGGCCUGCAUCGGCCCCAGUCAACAGACUUCACUCAGUACAACAGCUACGGCGACAUGUGUGGAGGAGGAAGAGAGUUUCAGCACAUUAAGGAUGGUCGUGCCGCCCUUGCAAGGAUGGACAGGGGAGUAUCAAUGCCCAAUAUGUUGGAACCAAAAGUGUACCCCUAUGAAAUGCUCAUGAUAACCAGUAGAGGGAGAGCUAAACUGCCCAGGGAGGUGGACAGAACCAGACUGGAGCGCCACUUAGCUCCUGAUACGUUCUUUGACAUCUUUGGAAUGGAGAUCCAGGAGUUUGACAUGCUUCCUCUGUGGAAACGCAACGACAUGAAAAAGAAGGCCAAACUCUUCUAGCGGUCAGGACAGCAUGCGCACACUCUGUACGCUCAUUCAGAGACGGACACGCCACCAACUGUACUCUAGGUGUAGGGCUUUUUGUCUUUCUUCAUUUCUUUCGCUUCGUUUUGUUUGUUUUCGGCCAUUCUUUGUUUUUUUGGGGGGGUUAUGUCUGGCAUAAUCAAGGAAGCAGAGAAAUGGAUCCUUUUUUUUCCUGAGGCUUCAAAAUGGGGACUGAGAACUGAUUGGUUGAUUCAGGUGCCGUCAGAUGAGAAGUAAAUGGGAAUUACAAAAAAAAUUCAAAGAAUGAAAAUGAAUGAAAAUGGGGGUCAUGUUAUUGUAUUAUUAUUAUAAAUUUGAUAUUUUGCGCUUAUUUUUCUUCGCGCUUUGCUUUGAAUGGAAAUGCUUUACUUUUAAUUUUGGUUCUCUUGCUUGUUUGUUCCUACUCUUUGUUGCUGUUGAUUCCUGUAGAACAUUGUAAGUAUUGUAGAAUUUCAUGGCCACCAUUAUGUCCAUGCAAUGGGCUGUAGUACUGGGUCACUUUAACCUCCUCACCCGAUCUAAAGGCACCCCCAUCCCAGUACCGCCUGCUGGUGAUAGUGAGUAGUAGGGCUCGGUGAGUCUUCAGAUGAAGAAGCCACUGGCCAGCUCGUCUACUCACUCAUUUACUGGUUACAAUACCACAAAGGCUGACUUACUCAUGGACACUGUUCUAUCCCCAGUCAACUAUGUACAUGCCAUGCUAUUCUGACCCCUGACGAAAAACACAUCUAAAAUCUCUUGUCUCUUCUCAGGCUUUCAUAAAACAUGGCCAGAUCCUUUCCCUGUUCAGUUGUACUGGGAGGAUAGUGCACUAUCGAGGUAUUACAGUCCCGUAUCAAACGUAAUCUAAACUAGAUUUUAAAAAAGAAUACCCAAAUGUAAGGAGCAACUGUAUUUGAAAUUGCUGUUUUAUAAAUAAAACUCACACUGCCAUUUGUUGUAUUGAAAUCUAAGCCAAUAAAGCUUGAAAUCACCUUAA